AACUUAUUGUUUUGAAUAUAAUAAACCAUGAUUCUUUUAAAAACAUAAAUGAUGAUGAAAACUAUAGUAUAUAGAAAAUGACUAAUUAAUAUUCUUGUAUUUUUUUCAUUCAAGUCAAAUUUGUCUGACAUACUUAAAAGCAUGAGUUUUGAGGACGGUGAAAAAGUUAAAGACUUGUCUGAUGUAGGAAGUAAACAAACGGCAGACCCAUUUGAUUUUGAGAAUGAGGAUGAUAUGCCCUAUGAAAGUGAGUUUGUACAACUGACAUCAACACCAAGAAAAGCUGAGCGGCCUUCUUACAUGUGUUUCAGGAAUGCAAAUUUAAGAACGGCAUCUUUUCCAAAAAUACUGGAUGAGCUGAGGAACAGCCCUGAACAUGAAAGGCUAGAUAUCAGUGAUAUCAGCAUUUACAACUCAAGUUUUGAAGAACAAGUAACAAAUAAAAAGACAAAGUUAGUUGUGAAAAAACAGAGUUCCAUCCUUCUAAGAAAAGCAUUAAAAGACAUUGCAUCAUCUAUGAAGGAAAAGAAUAAAUGCCAUCAGUUGUGUUUGAAACAUGUCACUGAAAAGAUGAUGCACAGCAUGAGGUACAGAUUUUGGACAAAAAGCUUUGAACAACGGGUAGAAUGGUUUAUUGAUAAGAUAAAAGAAAGAAAACACCAAAGGUUUUUAAUUGAUGGUGGACACAACGUGUGCUCUUCUUGUUUCAAACUUCUGCUAAAAAUCAACAAAACCUUUUACUAUAAGUAUUAUAAAAAAGCCUUGGAAGGAAAUUCGGCUGCUAGUUUUAGAAAUGUCAGAGGAUUUGGCAAAGCAAGAGAAGGGGCUGUUGUAUGGCUACAUAAUUAUGAAUAUUUUCAUGCUGACAGAAUGCCAGAUAAUGGUGACAUGAUGUUGCCUUUUAAAACAAGAAAAAACGACUUGUAUGACGCAUAUGUUGCAGAAAAAAUUAAACAAUUUGAAAUAUCUAUUUCAUCUGCCUACACUGUCAGCAGGGCAGCAUUUUAUGAAAUUUGGAAGACAGAUUUCCCAAAGUUGAAGAUAAAGCAGACAAAUUCCUUUUCAAAAUGUAGUACAUGUGUUCAUAUUGAACGAGAGUUGGAAAAAACUAGGGAUCCUGUCAAGAGAACCAAAUUGAAACAAAUGAUGUCUGUUCACAAUAGAAGACAAAUGACAGAGAGAAGAUAUUAUUACAAGAAAAGGGAGGUGGCAAGAAGCAAUCCCAGGCAAUUCAUAAGCAUAAUUAUUGAUGGGAUGGACCAGAGUAAAACUAAUUUGCCACACUUUACAGGGCGGCUAAUGAAGGGUGUAGACCCAAACAGUUUUUUGAAAACCCACAUUCAAGGGGUAUUGAAUCAUGGGCUAAAGUCACUAGAUCUUUAUGUGGACAUGAAUGAAUACCAGCACGAUGCAAAUCUUGUAAUGAAUGUCAUAUUGAAAAGCAUCAGCCAGGCGUUAUCAAAAACUGGAUUUCUUCAAAGUACAUUAUACAUCCAAGCUGACAACUGUGCUAGAGAGAAUAAAAAUAGAUUUGUCCUUGGCUUUUGUGAGCUACUGGUCAAAUUGGACAUUUUCAACGAAGUUCACUUGUCUUUUCUCCACGUGGGUCAUACACAUGAAGACAUUGAUGCCUCGUUUUCUCAAUUAUCAACGAAGUUGCGAAAUUCGGAUGCAGAGACAAUGCCAAAACUUCUUUCUUUGCUCAAUGGUGCUAAACAAUUGAGAGGUCUAUUCGACAUUAAAACCUGGCUUGCACCGUGUUUGAAUAAUAUUAAAAAACAUUCCAAACCACUCCAUUUCAAGUAUAGCCGAGACAUAUCAAAAAAAGUUAUAAUGCAGUACAGGGCAAAUAGCAGUCGACCAUGGACUUACACAGAAGAGAACAUGUUACAUUCAAUUCCUUCUGGUAAUCCCCAAAUUCUUAUACCUCCAAACUUUCACAAAAUCGACCUAGUAGCUGUAAAGAGAAAUGUUGAAAAGCAGCAGUACAAUUUGCCUGGAGAUAGCGAGUACAAAUGGUGGUUACAAUAUUUGAAAUACUUACAACUUGUUAAGGACAACAAAGAUGCUUUGUUUGAUUAUGCCAAAAGAGAAGCGGACUGGCUGUUACCAAAACUGAUGAACAAACAAAAGCUCACAGAAAACUCCAAUGCAGACAUUGAACACCAUUUACUUGAAAUGCUAGACAGAGAGCUUGAUGAUCAUGAGGUAGUCCUCUCAAAAUCCAAACCAAAGAAAUCCAAGAAAUGUAAAGAAAAAGGAUGAAGUAUGGCAAUUAAGGAUGUUGAAAAGAGAAAACUACAGAUUUUCCAUUGCCAAAAAGUUGUGAUUAGAUGAAGUUAGUAUCAAGAGAUACCUACAGUUAUAAGCACAAUUUGGAUGACAAGAAGUGAUAUAAAUGUGUUCAUAUUCUUUAUGUGACUUGUUUGGCAACACCUUAUAAUGGAGAUAUUUUUCUCUUUUGAUGUUAUUGCCACAUGUUAGCCUAUUUUACUCAACAUUUCAACUUAUGAAGAAUGAGUUGCAUUGCAGAAAUAUUCUACCAUGUGUUCAUUCCACUCACUUCCCCCAUGUUGCCUAUGACCUAUAUUUGAUUUAUAUGCUCAGUUUGUAUAUAUUCCUUUAUGAAUGGAGAAAUGUUUCUCUAUGAUGUUAUUAACAUUUGUUAGCCUCUUUUGUAAGUCAUUUUUGUGACAAUAACUAGUUCUCACAUGUAGAAGAUUUUUUCAUAAUAUGUUAAGAACACGUGAGUUUAAUUAUUUUAUAAACAGUUACUUUUUAAAAUUAAUUUUGAUGUAAUUUAUAUAUAUGAUUAUUUAGUUAGACAUUUUUGUACAUUAAUGUGAAAUAAUGAUAUAGGAAUAUUUUUCCAUGAAUUAAUGUCAAUGAUCAAAAUGGAGGAAUGUGCCCCUUACUUGUUUUUUCCCAUGUAUGCUUAUCUAGUUAGAAUAUUUUUGAUGAAGAUAAUUGCGUUAUGGUGAAGAAAUAUUCCUCGAUGCAUUCAUUGGAACUGAUAAAAGAUGUAGGAAUGUUCUUUAUGUUAAAAUUGAAGCAUAUAGGCCCAUUUUGUAAGAAUCUUUAGAUAUAUAUUGUUGGAACAUACCUCUAUGCACUCAUUGGCAACGCAUAAAGAUGUAGGUAUAUUCCACUAGGUUUAUUUAAUGGAAGUAUUUGUGAUGGGGGAACAUUCCUCUAUCAUUCACAGCUACACAUCAAGAGGGAGGAAUGUUCUCCUAUGUUGUUACCAAUACAUAUAAGUUUAUUUAGUGAGAAUAUCUGUGAUGGGGGAAUAUUCUUCUAUCAUUCACAGCUACACAUCAAGAGGAAGGAAUGUUCUCCUAUGUUGUUACCAAUACAUAUAAGUUUAUUUAGUGAGAAUAUUUGUGAUGGGGGAAUAUUCCUCUAUCAUUCACAGCUACACAUCAAGAGGGAGGAAUGUUCCCCUAUGUUGUUACGGAUACAUAUUAGUUUAUUUAGUGAGAAUAAUAGUGAUGGGGGAAUAUUCCUCUAUCAUUCACAGCUACACAUCAGGAUGGAGGAAUGUUCCCCUAUGUUUUUACGGAUACAUAUAAGUUUAUUUUAUUUAUUAAGAAUAUUUGUGAUGAGGGAAUAUUCCUCUAUCAUUCACAGCUACACAUCAAGAGGAAGGAAUGUUCCCCUAUGAUGUUAUUCAAACCUAUUUGCUAAUUCUGUGAGAGUCUUUUUGUGUCAUUUGAUGAUGGAGAAAUAUUCUCCCGUGUUGGUGUAUGCAUUUUUAGUACGAGUCUUCUUUUAUAUGAUCAUUUGAUGAUAGAGGAAUAUUCCCCCAUGCAUUCGCAGCAACAUAUUAGGUUGGAAGAAAGUUCCCUAAUGUUUUUAUUGACACAUGUAUGUUUUAAUAGUGAGAGUCUUUUUGAUGUUUAUUAUCAUGUAAUGAUGAAGGAAUAUUCCUCCAUGCAUAUAGGUGGAGGAUUGUUCAUCUUUAAAGUAUUGACUUAUAUAUGCUAUGUUCUCAUAGCGUGAUAUAAAUAUAUGAUUCCUACCAUAAAAUGCAUUAAAACCCAGAAAAAGUACGCGUGGAUUUUCCU